GUGUAAAUCGCAUGGGUGUCGUGGUGUAGUCCGAGGGCUCGGGUUAGAAAACAAGGCAAGCAGAAAAAACUAACCCAGUUUUGCAGGUGAAGCCUAACGCCAAGUGAACAGAGUUGUAUUCACACAGCGUCUAAGUGGCCUACCAUCAAGACAACCAGACUAGCACUUUCGAAGGAUUUUGGUUCAACCAGGAACUGAAAGCUGUUCCCCUAUGCUCAGCUUCCCCAGAGACGUCGGUGAGGCUGCCUGAGCAUCACGGUCACUGAUAUCAUCGUCAUAGCCUCACAUUGAUACAUCAAAAUGGACUAGAGCUUCUUGGCUUCUUCAUCGGUGAAGAGACUCGAACCCACGUUGGUCAAGUAUAAAGAUCAGUAGACCAUCCCGCCAUCAACCAUCUUCAUCUUCACCAUCAAACAAGACUUUCUAUCACUGCAAAGCAUCGUCGCAUCGUUAACAACACUUCUUCUCUAAGUCUGCAAUCUCAGCAAUUCAUCUCUUCGCCAUGAAGCUCCAAUCCCUCUGCGCCAUCACCCUCGCCACCCUCACCCCCCUCGUCACCGCCAACUUCGACAUCUACAUGGCCGAAGAAAAGACCACCGUCGGGGGGCCCCAGGUCUGGCCGAUGUGGCACAUCUUCGACACCGAUCCCACCUGCGACGACCUUGCCGAUAACCCCAACUACCUCGGCAGCGACGACGUCUCUGGCAACAAAGUCGGCGUCCGCUGCGAAUCUUCCUCCGAUCCCUUCAACUGCGCUGUCCAGCACUACCCCGCUGACGGCAUUGACGUUCUCGAGAUGAACUUCCACAGUGACCCCCCUGUGUACCACUGGAAGGCUUACAUGACGAUGGUAGCUAUUUACAAGGAUCGCAACUAUGACAUGUACGGUCUUGAUGGGAAUGUCUAUGGGAACUGCUUCCCCUUUCCUGGGUUUGAGUACGAGUGCGGCGAUCCUUUCCUUGGCGGGUUUACUGGUACGCGCAAGUUUAGGUGCUUGACCGAGUUUACGGCUGCGCAGAUCAAGGCUGCUUGGGGUACCAAGAGGAGUGUUCCGUUUACUUUGAAGGAGGCGGAGGGGGUGAAGGGUCGGAAGGUGCAGAAGUGGGAGGCUUGAAGGACUGUUUAGGCUGUCGUUGCUUUUCUGCUUUUUCGAAGAGGUUGAAAGACUUGGAAGGGGAUGAUCGUCUGUUGAUUGUUGUUUGAUUUUUGAUUUUUUGAUGGGGACUUUUCGUUCUUUUUUGUUUCUGAUAUUGGUUGCUGUUUCUUGAUUUACAGGUUUCUUACCUCCAUAGUGGAAAUAACUGGUUAUCAGACCACAGAUACUGGUAUUACGUAGGUAUUCAAACGCUUGGCUUCAUAACUG